UUGUAUUUGUUAAAGGUUGGAGUGAAUAGGUUGGAAGAGUGUUGGAGCUUCACCAUCCACGCUAUUGAAACAAUACUACAGAUUUAUAAAAAUAUUCUAUCAAAGAAGAAAAAAAAUCGGUUGAAGAAGGACAACAUGAAGCUUUUUGCACUAUUUGUUUUCAUUUCCUUGCAAACAGCAUGUACAGCCCUGCAGUGCUAUACCUGCGAUGGUGACGAUUGUACGGAUGCAAAACCAACCACMUGUGUCAAUAAGUGCAAGAUUACMAUGGAUACAUGUAUCCGAACUGAAUACAAGAGCGGGARGAUUGAAAAGGGUUGUUCGUCUACUAACCGAUGCGAGGGCAAGAGAGUUGGAUGUGAAGAAGGAACCUACAAACAAGACUGCAAAGAAGUUACAUGCUGCACAGGCGAUCUCUGCAAUGGGAGCAGAAAUUUUAAGCCUGUGAUUCCGGUUAUUGCUAUGGCAAUUGCCGUAGCUAAGUACUUGAUAUAGCUAUGGCAACAUUAAGGCACAGGAAGCCCAAAUAUUUGCAAGUGUACAAAUGUAAAUUAUUGUUGAACUUUGUAGAAUUAGAACAAACACCACUUCAUUUGUAAUAUGGUCCAAAAAAAUGCCCUUUAUCAAACUGUGAAACAAUUACUAGAGAGAAUUCAAAAGCCCGUGAAAUGGAUAUUGCACUUGAUAGAGCAAACGCAGGAAAACCACUGAGAUAAAAUCAAACUAUGUACUAACAAAUAGCUGCUAUUUAGAGACAAAUCGUC